AUGAUAAUGUAUGUUGCAUUUAUUAUGAGUAUUAUUUUUAUAGUUAGUUUGGUGGGGGUUUCUUCGAAGCCUUCUCCUAUUUAUGGGGGUUUAGGGUUGAUUGUGGGUGGUGCUAUGGGGUGUGGAAUUGUUUUUAGCUUUGGUGGUUCAUUUCUAGGUUUAAUGAUGUUUUUGGUCUAUUUGGGAGGAAUACUAGUUGUGUUUGGUUAUACGACAGCUAUGGCUACUGAGCAGUAUCCUGAAGCUUGAAUUUCUAAUAAGGUGGUGUUGGGUGGGUUCCUUCUGGGUUUAGUAGUGGAGAUUUUGGCAGUAUUUUGUGUACUUGAGAGUGAAAAUAUGGGUAUUGUGUUUGAUUUUGGUGGGUUGGGGGAUUGGGAUUGUUGUGGUGUGGGGAGCUUUGAGGUUUUUAGUGAGGAGAUUAUAGGUAUUGCCGGACUAUAUAGCUAUGGUACUUGGUUGGUUGUUGUAACUGGUUGAUCGUUGUUUGUUGGUGUUGUGGUUGUUAUGGAGAUUACUCGAAGUAAUUAA